UACAUCAUCUUUUAACCGAGAAACCGACAACAUGGAUGAUGCAGGCAACAUUCAAACACCGGAUAGUAUUACCGGCAAGAGAAAAGAAACCGAGAGAGCGAGUGGAGCGACAAACAAUGUGAAGCGCAUUCUCCCAACAAGGUCCAAAGUGUGGGAACACUACACAAGAACGAAGGAAGAUCGAAACAAGUGUGUAUGCAACUACUGCCAGAACACAUUUUCCUGUCUCACAAGCUCAGGGACCUCAAAUCUUAAGAGCCAUCUUGAGAAAUGCAAGAGUCAUCUUGCUUGGUCGGAUGGACAAGAAGAUAAGCAGCCAACCAUUGACGAUGCAGGGAAACUUAAGAAAGCAAAGUUGACUGAAGCUCAGUUGAGAGAAGCCACAAAUCAGAUGAUUGUCUUAGGACAAUUGCCGUUGUCAUUUGUUGAAAGUGUAGCUUGGAGACAUUUCUGUAACAAGGUUAACUUUGGAUACACUCCUCAUUCAAGAAGAACUGGAACUAAAGACAUUAUCAAGAUGUAUGUGGAAAGGAAAGAAGCACUCAAGAAAUAGUUCUUGUCUAACAAUCAACGAGUAUCUUUGACAACAGAUAUUUGGGUCUCCCCAACUACAGGUAAUCUGUUACACAUUUUCUGAUUCUUUAUACACAUUUUUGAUUCGUUUAUACAUCAUGGAGUUCUUACUGGUUAUUGUAUAUAGGUGCGAGUUACAUGGUCAUCACAGUGCACUAUGUUGAUGCUUCUUGGCGGUUGAAGAAGCUGAUCAUUGGGUUCAAACACAUCACAGAUCACAAAGGUCAGACUAUAUCAAAUGUUCUACUCGAGUGCUUGUCUGACUGGGGAAUCAUAAAUGUUUUCUGUAUAACUGUUGAUAAUGCGACUGCCAAUAGUUCAGCGUUGAGGAAGUUUCAGAGUAGUUUUGCUUUAGGUUCUGAUCAGGCUUUUGUGUUAGAUGGAGAGUUUUUACACAUGAGAUGCAGUGCCCAUAUCAUUAACUUGAUAGUUAGAGAUGGAAUGGCUGAAAUAGAUCAGAGUGUAGUUGCUAUCCGUAAUGCUGUCUCUUAUCUUAGAUCACAUACUAACAAGUUGAGAUCUUUUGAGCUAAAAGUUGACUCCGGUAAGAUUACAAGGGGAAGUCUUCCGUUGGAUGUGAAGACAAGGUGGAAUUCAACUUAUCUAAUGUUGACAACAGCUCAAAAGUUCAAGGUGGCUUUCGAUAAGAUGGAAGCAGAAGACAGGCUCUACAAUGAUCACUUCUCUGAGUUUGAAAAUGGAGCAUCAAGGGUCGGGCCUCCUCAGCAAAGGGAUUGGAGUGCUGUUGAGAAGUUAUGUCAAUUUCUUAUCAUCUUCUACAACUCGACACUGGUGGUCUCGGCUUCAACUUCACUCAAUUCACAUAAGUGCUAUG